GAUUUUUUGACAUUUGGUAUCAAAGCUUAUUCCCAAAAAAAUUCCAUGGCUUCCGAAAAUUAUGUCCAGCCCUCAAUCCCUCAUUUUGAUGGUCAUCACUACGACCAUUGGAGUAUGUUGAUGGAGAAUUUUCUCCAGUCCAAAGAGUAUUGGACCAUUGUUGAAGCUGGAGUUCCAGAACCAGUGGCAGGUGCAAAUGAUGCACAGAGGGCAGAAACUGAGAAGGAAAAAUUGAAGGAUAUCAAGGCUAGGAACUAUUUGUUCCAAGCCAUAGAUCGGGCUAUCUUGGAAACAAUUCUUAACAAGUCUACUUCCAAGAAUAUUUGGGAUUCCAUGAAGAAGAAGACGAUGGCUAUUGCAAACAAGAUGAGGAUCCAUGGUGAAAAUCUGGAGGAUGUUGCUAUAGUUGAGAAAAUCCUUCGCUCUAUGACAACAAAAUUCAAUUAUGUUGUUUGUUCAAUUGAGGAGUCAAAUGAUAUUGAGGCACUUUCUCUUGAUGAGUUGCAGAACUCAUUGGCUGUAGGUCGAGGAAAAGAAAACUGGAAAGGCAAACCAAGAUCUGGCAGACCGAGAUCUGACAAAUUGGAGGAAAGUUCAGCCACUGGAAUUCAGAAGAGGUGGCAGAAUAGAAAUUAUCAAGCUGUAGAUAACAGAUCCAAAUCUGUAGGAAAGGCAAAUAUUGAAUGCUUCAGAUGUCAUAAGUAUGGCCAUUAUCGUUCUGAGUGCUAUGCUAAUCUGAAUAGAGGAGAAAGUUCCAAUUUUGCAGAACACAAUGAGAAGAAUGAUGAUUCCUCUCUAUUCAUGGUCUGUCAUCCUAAAGAAGUCAGCAAGAAGAAUGUGUGGUAUCUGGAUACUGGUUGCAGCAAUCACAUGUGUGGAGACAAAUCUGCGUUUUCAAAUUUGGAUGAGUCUUGUCAAGACAAGGUGAAAUUUGGUGAUAAUUCUACUAUUGCAGUCAAGGGAAGGGGAAAGCAGAAGAAGAUGGUAAAUGGUCUUCCUCAUUUUGAUUCUCCUUCAGAAAUUUGUGAAAUCUGCAUGGUCAGUAAACAGCAUCGUGACAGCUUUCCUAAAGACAGAUCUUGCAGAGCAAAGCAGACCAAGUCAGAAGCCUUAGCAGCCUUUAAAAAUUUCAAAGUCUUGGCUGAGAAUGAGGUUGGCAGAUCUGUAAAGGUUUUGUGUACAGAUCAUGGUGGUGAGUUUAAUUCAAAGGAAUUUGCAGAUUUUUGUGAGUCCAAUGGCAUUAAAAGGCAACUCACAGCAGCCUAUACACCUCAGCAGAAUGGUGUCUGUGAGAGGAGGAAUCACACAAUCAUGAAUAUGGUGCGAAGUCUGAUGUCAAAGAGCGGCUUGCCUAAGGAGUAUUGGCCAAAAGCUGUUAAUUGGAGUGUUCAGAUCUUGAACAGAAGUCCCACAUCUCCACUUCUAGAUUUGACGCCAGAAGAGGCUUGGAAUGGACGUAGACCUGCUAUUGAUUACUUCAGAAUUUUUGGGUGCAUAGCAAAUGCACAUGUGCCAGAUCAGAAAAGAAGUAAGCUUGAUGACAAAGGGGAAAAGUGUAUUUUCCUUGGUGUUAGUGAUCAGUCCAAAGCUUACAGAUUAUACAAUCCUUUAACCAAGAAAGUCAUCAUUAGCCGUGAUAACUCAGAAGGUCAAACUUCAACAGAUCUCGAGGUUUCAAGACAGACAGUUGAAGAAAGUCUGCCUACAGAAGUAGAGUUCAAUACUGGAGGAAGUCUGCCAACAACACUAGAACUGGAAUCUGGAACUAGUUCCAAACCGCAACGUAAAAAGAGAAUACCAGCAUGGUUGGAAGAUUAUGAGGUAACAGAUCUACCUCAAGAUGAUGUUCCAGUUAAUCAUUUUGCUUUAUUUGUAGAUUGUGAUCCAUUGACAUAUGAAGAAGCUAUUAAAGAAGAAAAGUGGCAAAAAGCCAUGGCAGAAGAAAUUGGUUCUAUUGAAAGGAACCAGACUUGGGAGUUGACAAAUCUUCCAGAAGGGCACAAAACAAUUGGUGGUUACAAGCAAGAGUUUGGCAUUGAUUAUCAAGAAGUUUUUGCUCCAGUUGCAAGGAUGGAUACCAUUGGAUUGGUGAUUGCAUUGGCAGCACAGAACUCAUGGCCAAUCUAUCAGCUUGAUGUGAAAUCUGCCUUCUUACAUGGAAAUCUGCAAGAACAGGUAUUUAUUGAUCAACCUCCUGGUUAUGCGAAAUCUGGUUUUGAGCAUAAGGAAGUUCUGGACAAAUUUCAAAUGAAGAACUGCAAUUCUGUCACUACACCAGUUGACAAAGGUGUAAAGCUCGUGAAAGAUCCAGAGGCAGAUCUGUGGGCAGCAAACUAUUUUGGACUAUUCUACAAAAAGGGUGACCAGACAAAUCUCGCAGGCUUUACAGACAAUGAUUAUGUUGGAGAUCUGGAUGACAGAAAAAGCACUUCUGGGUUUGUUUUUAUGUUGGGAUCUGGUGCAAUUUCAUGGUCUUCAAAGAAGCAGCCCAUUGUGACUUUGUCCACAACAGAAGCGGAGUAUGUGGUAGCAACUUCUUGUGCUUGUCAAGCUAUUUGGUUAAGAAGAAUUAUGGAGGAACUUGAGCUGAAUCAACAUGAGGCCACUUCAAUUUAUUGUGAUAACAGUUCAGCCAUCAAACUUUCUAGAAAUCCAAUUCUACAUGGGAGAAGCAAGCAUAUACAUGUGAGCUUCACCAUAUUUUACGUUGCCAAGGAAGAAGCCAACUGUACCUUCAAGCCUGUGGGUUCUGUCAUACAAGAACCCAAAAUAUAUCAGUUCCAGAAAGGACUGGCUCAGAAAUUCGGUCAGCCUGAAGGCGACAUAAACCUCAGCGUAUUUAAAUCGGUUGAAACUUUUAAACACGGAGGGGGUGUUUACCCACUUGUUAUCUCUGCAGAAAUAAGUUUGUCAUCUUCCUGCUCAGUGCCUCUGCCUAUCGCAACUUCUCAUGGACAGAUUACUCAAGCUGUUCUGGAGAAAAAUACAGAGGGCCAUUUUCAAGUGAAAGUAAUGAACCAGAAAUCAUGGUGGCAUAAGAUAAGUACUAAUAAUGAGUCAAGGGAUGACAUUGCGGAUACAGAUGUUCCUUUAAAAAAAAGAAAGAUAUCAAAGCCAGCUGGGGACGAAGCUUGCAAUACUGGCUUUAGAACAAAACGUAUUAACAGUAAUUUGAAGGGUGCAGAUUUCAUUUUCAACAACCUAGGACCAACUAAUAUUGUCGAAUGCAUGAACAUAGGCCCUGGUGCUGGUGGUAGAAAUGAAGGCAAGAAAGCUGGAAGUAUCAACGACAAUAGGGGAUGUGUUAGUUUCACAUUAUAGUUGUUAGACGUAUACUCUUAAAGGUAAAUGUAUUUAUUCUUUUCACAUACAUACUUUUAUACUUUAUAAAUUAUUAAAUACAUG